UUAUAAUCACAAAAUCCAAGUUUGCAGAUAAGCUACUUGUGACAAGCUUCCCUCCAAUAAACUAUCAACUGUUCAUUUAUGUGAAUAAUCUUUGCACCAUUAAAAAAUGGCUUUGGCUGUUGCUUCAACUGCACUGUCCUCAAACCUUCCAAUUAGAGAAAUUCCAGGGAAAUUAUAUCCGAAUCAAGUGAAGAAAUGUAUGGUUGGAAGUAGUAGUAAGGUGAAUGCAGCUAAAGGAGGAGUUUCAAGUGUUUGUGAACCACUUCCUCCAGAUAGGCCUUUGUGGUUCCCUGGUAGCACACCACCUCAAUGGUUAGAUGGCAGUCUUCCCGGUGAUUUUGGCUUCGACCCACUCGGAUUAGGGUCAGACCCAGAGACACUGAGAUGGUUUGCUCAAGCAGAGCUUAUGCACAGCAGAUGGGCAAUGCUAGCAGUAUCAGGCAUCCUAAUCCCGGAGUGGCUCGAAUCCAUUGGCUUUAUGGAAGACUUCAAUUGGUACGAUGCUGGAUCACGCGAGUAUUUUGCAGACCCAAUCACCCUAUUUGUGGUACAACUAGCCUUAAUGGGGUGGGUUGAGGGUAGGAGAUGGGCAGACUAUGUGAACCCUGGAUGUGUUGACAUCGAGCCUAAGGUUCCCCACAAGAAGAACCCAAAACCCGAUGUGGGUUACCCAGGGGGACUAUGGUUUGAUCCCUUGAUGUGGGGAAGAGGGUCCCCUGAGCCCGUCAUGGUUCUAAGGACUAAGGAGAUCAAGAACGGGAGGCUUGCUAUGUUGGCCUUUGUUGGGUUGUGUUUUCAAGCUGUUUAUACCGGUGAAGGGCCUCUUGAGAACCUCAGCAAGCACGUUGCUGAUCCCGGUCAUUACAAUAUCUUUUCGGCCUUCUCAUCACAUUGAUUCAUGCUAUCAGCUUCGAGAAAAUGCAGAGAUAAAGAUUUACUGUAUGAUCAUGAAAGAAUAUAUGCACAAACUAACAAAUAAAGGGUAGUAAUUUUUAUUGGUACUAAUUGAUUAUAGUCACAUUAAUGUAUUUAUAUUAUUUAUAGUAACUACUUGCAAAUGAUUGAAGUUUUUAACAAGCUAU